GCCGCGCCGCGCGUCCCAUCAAUCCCCCCUGUAGCUGAACUGAGCGGUCGGAACCCAACUCCUCCGCUUUCUCAGUGGGAUCUUCCUCCUCAGUCCCCACUCCAACACUGCCAACUCUGAAUCCUUCGAUUGAUUCCCGAGCAGAGCGAACCCCCCCUCGAGGCGUCCAAGGUUCCGUUUCAGGUGUGCGUUGCGGGAGGCAAUGGCGAUGGAUCCGCCCCUCAAAGCAAGUUCCUUUCUUCCCCAUCCUCCUCCGCCAUUGACUCCGCUGUUCGAGGAAGAGGGGGAGACCACCUGGCUCUCAGUCAGCCAAGAGCAAGAUGGAGCAGAAGAUGGCAUUGGUCAAGCAGAGGGUCGCCUUGCUUGACAGUGCCAGCAGCAGCAGCAGCAGCAGCAGCAGCAGCGCUAAGAUUGACAAGGAUGUUGACUUUGUGCCCAUGGAUGAAGAGCUCGCUAUCGUCGCUGCUCACCAGCCUAUAGAAAUUGAUUAUGGUGAUUCCUACAAUGAAGAUGAGGAUAUUCCUUUAAAAAAGGUUUUGGCAUCGAAGGGAUUGGAGAAUGAGCAAAAAAGGCUUCCUGGCCAAAAUUUAAGUGCAAGCUAUGGAUCGACGAUGGAUAGAGCUGCGGAGGUACAGGCAAAGUUGCCAGCAGAACAUCCUAGCUUUGUCAAGCGUAUGCUACAGUCUCAUGUUGUCCGUGGUUUUUGGCUGGGUCUGCCAACUUACUUUUGCAACAAACAUCUCCCAAAGAAAGACACCGGAAUUGUCCUAGAAGAUGAAAAUGGACAGGACCACCAGACGUUAUAUCUUGGUGCGAAGCAGGGACUCAGUGCUGGGUGGAGAGGUUUUGCAAUUGAGCACGAUAUUAAGGUUGGCGAUGUUGUGAUUUUUCAGCUCGUGGGAUCGACGAAAUUUAAGGUAUAUAUAAUAAGAGCAAACGAAUUUACAACAGCUGAUGGAGCAAUCAGUCUACUGAAUUUGGAGGUGCACAAGAAAGGGAAGCUAUCAAAAAAAGGAUGUGACGAUGAUGAGAAGGCUAGCCCAGUCGACAACAAAGUCCCUCAGAGUGAUGACAAUAAUGCUGUAGCCAGUGAAGCAAUAGAUGGCCUGAGGAUCUCAGAUUCAGACAUGGACUUUGGCGAUGUCACAAGCUUCUGCAACUUCAACAUUGUGGUCGACAGCUUGGUCAUCGACUGCAAGUUUCAUGAUCAUCAGCGCAGGACAUACUACGAGCUCUGCUGUUCCCAGAAGUCCUUCCUUCACAAGAAUCUGCUGAAGCAGCUAAACCUGACGCUUGUCGUGGGAGUGAUCAUGGAGACGAUCAGCAUCGCGGAGGGUAUCCGAGCCUGCAAGGCACAGGCUUCUUCCCACGAGGACUUGGUGAUCUGGAAGAAGACACUGGAGUCCUUCGAGCUGCUGGGCAUGAACGUCGCGUUCCUGCUGAAACGCAUCAACGAUCUCCUCGGCCUCCCAGCUGGGCCGAGAGACCUCUCGGAGUGCCAGAAGUACAAGGAGCUGAAGUCAGAGAGGACCCAUGCUGGGGAGAAAGUGAAAGCGCUUGAGCUUAUGCUGUUGAAUGUGAAGGGUAUGCUGCAGAAAAUGGAUGCGGAGAUGGAGGAGAUGGAGUCCAGUCCAGUGUGAAGAGAAGCGGUCUGACACUGCAGCAGUUGGCUACUGCACCAUGGUGAUCUUGCCAGUUAUACCAGAGGCAAACAUUUUGGGUACAUCUUUCAGCAGAGUGUAAAAGAAGAUGCACUGGAUGGAGUAGUAAGUAAACUGGUGUCUGCAGAAGAUGGGCAUUGUAUCAUGCAUGUGUACUGAGGGUGAGUGGUGAGCCUGAUGCUAGUUAGGAGUUAGGGCUGGGGGCCACAUUUUGUGUGCACCUCAGCAGUUGCAGAGUAGUAAUGUCUAGGUGUGGGUAGCAGUAAUUACACACUUUGGUGUCCACUUAGCAGUAGUAACUGGGGCGACACUCUUUUGGUGGUGAAGUGACGGUAAUCCCCUUGUAGCCUUGGCUAGCUGUAAAUUUCUGGGACCGGCCGGAAAUGAAUCAAGGAGGAUCGUUUCUGGGUGAUGAACCA